AUGAGGACGACGUUAGCGACAUGGACCAGGCUGCUAUGCCUGGCUCUGUCAUUAACGGCAGUCACUGCCAAAAAGGACGCCCCUGCCAUCGAGGAAACACCAUUCAAAUCGCUGCCUGCCAACAUCUUCUACUUCGACGAUAGCGAUACCGUCCUGGUCACCGACCUCAAGCCUGGCAUCGUAUACCGCUCCACUGACGCUGGCGUAAAAUGGAAGGCUAUCAAAGACAUAAAGGAGGGCAUGAUCGGGACCGCCGCUAUCGCUAUUGGACAAGAGAGGACGCACUGGAUCACAAAGGAUAGGGGCGAGUCCUGGACUGAGUUCAAGACCAAGUACGACGUCAGCAACAACCGCCCUUUGAGCUUCCAUGCAGACGACCCGGAUCGUAUCAUCAUCAGCACCCUCGACUGCCAUGGCUCCGCUUACUACACCCUCAAUGGCUUCAAAGACAUCGAACUACUUCACGACAAAGCUAUUUCGUGUCUCUGGGCGAAAUCCACCGACCUCUUCACCACCGGCGACGAUAAGCUAGACAAGGACCAGGUUCUCUGUGUCGUCGAAGGCAAAUACUCCAUCUGGCAGAAAGACAACCGUCUGUUGAUGUCCAGCGACUUUUUCGACAAGUCUGAGGUCGAGCCUACCAUGUCUGAAGGUCGCACUGUCCCUGGUGUUGUCAACGUUGCUGCCGUCAAGGGUUACAUCGCUGUCGCCGCAAAAUCAGAGGGAACUACCGAGCUCGCCAUGUAUGUGACCGACGAUGCAAAGACCUGGCACCGCGCAGAGUUCGGCAGCCACAAGCUCGAGGAGAACGCCUACACAUUGUUGGAGUCUACAAACUACAGCAUUCAGGUCGACCUGAUGACCUCCAGCAUGUCUUCUCCAAUGGGUGCUCUUUUCACCAGCAAUUCAAACGGUACCUACUUCACCAAGAACAUCGAGCACACGAACCGCAACAUGCAAGGCUACGUCGAUUUCGAAAAGAUUCAGAACAUCCAAGGCAUUGUUCUUGUCAACGUUGUCGACAACUGGGAAGAGAUGGAGAAAAACUUCAUGGCCGAAAAGCAGAUCAAGUCAAAAAUCAGUUUCGAUGAUGGAAGAGUAUGGCAUGACAUGAAGGUCAACAAGGACGAUCUACACCUACACUCUGUCACCGACCAGCGCAACAUCGGACGCGUUUUUACCAGCCCCGCUCCUGGUAUUGUCAUGGGCGUUGGAAACACGGGCAAAUACCUCAAGAGCUAUGAAGAAGGCGACACCUUUGUCUCAGAUGAUGCCGGACUUACCUGGCGCCUCGCCCUGGAAGGUCCUCACCUCUACGAGAUGGGUGACCAGGGUGCAAUCCUCGUAGCGGUUGAAGACACAGACACCAAGGAGAUCAAAUGGAGCAUUGAUCACGGAAAGAAGUGGGACACAAUCAAGCUGGAUGACAAGAUCAAACCAGUUGUCCUCCUGACUGUCCCGGAUUCCACAAGUCUGAAGUUCAUCCUUGUAGCCUCAAAGGGCACUGGUUCCAAGUUGGAGUACUUCACAUAUUCUCUGGACUUCAACGAGCUCCACGAAGACGUAUGCAAGGACUCUGACUUUGAGAAGUGGGCUGCCCGAGUCGACGAAGACGGCAAACCAAGCUGUUUGAUGGGUCACAAGCAGUUCUUCCGUAGACGCAAGGCCGACGCUGAUUGUUUUGUCGAUACCGAGUUCAAGGACCCUCAGCCUGAGUUUGAAGACUGCAAGUGUACUGAUGCCGAUUACGAAUGCGACUACAACUUUCAAAGGUCUGAAGAUGGCAAGGAGUGCGUACCUGCUGGAGUUCUCAAAGCCCCUGAAGGCGCCUGUAAGGAUGGUGCAGAAGAGUAUGAGGGCAGCUCCGGCUAUCGCUUAAUCCCUGGCAACACUUGCGACAAGAAAGAUGGUGUCGUGAAGGACAAACCAGUCAAGCGACCUUGCAAGGACACUACCAAACCACCAGCAUCUGGCAAGAUCUCUCACGAGGUCAACAAGUUCAAGGGCGCGAAGUUCGCCGAAUACUAUUACCUCGAGAGAGCCGCUUCUGCUUCUGGAGACGAUGAAACCAUCAUUAUGCGUACUGAUAGGCGCGAGGUGUACAUCUCGCACGAUGGCGGUAAGAAAUGGGAUCAGGCGCUACCCGAUGAAGAAAUUGUCUCGGUAUACCCUCAUCAGUACAACCAGGAUACAGUCUACUUGAUCACUCCUUCCAAGAAGGUCUACUAUUCGGACAAUCGUGGCAAGAACAUUCACCAUUUCCAAGCCCCCGAGGAACCAAACCAGGACCAUGUUCAGAUCUUGAGCUUCCAUCCGACUCAGAGAGACUGGCUCAUCUGGACCGGUGGUCAAGAUUGCAAGGGCUUUGGUACUGAUUGCCACUCGGUUGCUCACGUCUCCAAGAAGAACGGUGAGGACUGGACUACCCUACUUCGCUUCGUUCGUAAAUGUCAGUUUGUUGCCAGAGAGGAUCGUGACGGAAGCGACAGCAUGGUCUUCUGCGAGCAAUAUCAGGAUGAAGACCCGUCCAAGCCCCUUCAGCUGAUAUCCAGCGAUGAUUGGUAUGAGCACAAGAAGGUCCACUUCGAAGAUGUCAUCAGCUUUGCUACUAUGUCUGAAUUCAUGGUUGUUGCUCUUAGAGAUAAGGAAGGAAAGGAUCUUCGUGUGGACACCAGCAUUGAUGGCAGAACUUUCGCCAACGCUCAAUUCCCCAAAAACUUCAAGGUCCCGCAUCAACAGGCUUACACUGUUCUCGACAGCUCAACUCACGCCAUCUUCCUCCACGUCACAGUCAACAACAGGGAAGGUCAGGAGUAUGGUUCGAUUGUCAAGUCAAACAGUAAUGGCACUUCUUAUGUGAUGAGCAUUGAAGCUGUCAAUCGUAACACUCCUGGCUAUGUCGACUUUGAGAAGAUGCAAGGUCUUGAAGGUGUUGCUGUCGUCAACAUUGUUUCUAAUGUUGGAGAGGUCGAUGGUGGUGCUUCCAAGAAGCUCAAGACCAUGAUCACUCACAACGAUGGUGCAGAAUGGGGCCUUAUCUCACCACCCAAGAAAGACUCUGACAACAAGGACAUUGAUUGCAAUCCUCGUGACACCUACUCUUCACCAUCGGCCGUCGGUUUGAUGAUGGCUGUAGGUAAUGUCGGGCCCAACCUUGGCCCAUACAAGGAGGGCAACACUUUCAUCACUCGUGAUGGUGGUGUUGUGUGGUUCGAGGUCUUCAAGGGAACCUACAUGUGGGAGUAUGGCGAUCAAGGAUCUAUCAUUGUCAUUGUCCAAGAAGGAACCCCUGUCGAUACCGUCUACUACACUACCGAUGAGGGCAAGAAGUGGACCGCGUAUCAGUUCAGUGAUACCAAGGUCCUUGUUGACGACAUUUCUACUGUACCUACUGAUACGUCUCGCAACUUCAUUCUCUGGGGCAAAGACGGAGGCUCCUCAGGUGGGCUUGUCACCGUCAAUCUAGAUUUCUCUGGACUCACAGAUCGCCAAUGUAAUCUCAACGAAGACAAGCCAGAUGCAGAAGACAACGACUACUACCUUUGGGAGCCCAAGCACCCUCUUUCCGACUCCAACUGUCUCUUUGGCCACAUUGCUCAGUACCACCGCAAGCUUCCUGACAGAGAAUGUUACAACGGCCCGGCUAUUGAACGCCUUCACGACAUCUCUCAGAACUGUACUUGUACCCGUCAAGACUUUGAGUGUGACUAUAACUUUGAGCGUCAGAACGAUGGUUCUUGUGCUCUUGUUCCUGGUCUUGAUCCGAUCAACCCUCUCGAAUACUGCGCUGCAAACCCUGAUCUUGAUGAGUACUACGCACCUUCUGGCUACCGCCGUAUCCCACUCACUACCUGUGUCGGAGGUAGGGAACUCGACAAGAUCUCCGAACCUUACCCUUGCCCCAAUCACGAAAAGCAGUUUGAGAAGAAACAUGGUAUUAGUGGAGCUGGUCUCUUCUUUGCCAUUUUCAUUCCCAUUGCUGCAGCUGCAGGUGUAGGAUACUGGGUCUACCGCAACUAUGACGGCCAAUUCGGUCGCAUCCAACUCGGUGACACCGGCAUGAUGGGCAAUGGCAAUGGAGCAUUUGAUUCGGAGCAGCCUUGGAUCAAGUACCCUGUCGCUGCUCUCUCUGCUAUUGUCGCAGUCCUUGCUGCUGUUCCCAUGGUCGUUGGUGGACUAUUCCGCAUGGCUAGUCAACGAUUUGGUCGCGGCGGCUCUGGCGGUGGUUACUCGAGACCGUACACCAGCCGCAGCAGCUUCUCAAGAGGCAGAGGUGAUUACUCUCAUGUUGAUGCUGAUGAAGGCGAGCUGCUUGGCGAUGAGAGUGAUGAAGAGGUGUAA